AUGCAUGUCUGUGUAAUCAUUGCAAAGCAGCGAUGUUUUAAACCAUUCAAAGAAGAUGAUGUAGAUUUUUGUUCGUGCGAUCCAGCGAUUGAGGACAGGAGCUGGUCCACGUUCUCGUUUCUAGAGGCCCUCAUGUUGUGUUCAAUGAGAUGUUCACAAACAGCCAGCUGUGUGGCUUACAACUUCUUCAAUGCCACCAAUCAGUGCCAACUCUUCAAUCAAACAUUGAACAAGUUCUCUGUACUGCCCGGCUGUCAAUAUUAUCUCAAGAGAGACAGACAAUGUACAAUAACGUUUUUGCCAUUUGAUUCAGAAAACUUCCCAAGUAACAAACCAUUGACGAUCACCGUGGACAAUAUGCUCCUUGAAUUUUACUUGAACGGAAAGAACAUACCCGUUGCAUCAAACUUUCCGAAUGCUAAGGUGUGGAACAUUGCAGACACGUACAACAUGACUGGCAACGUUCAUGUUAUCGCUCUCAAAACAUUCAAAAACGCUUUUGAUGGAGGUUUCAUAGCCAGCACAGCAGACAACUACAUCCUGACCAACAAAACUUGGAAAUGUACCAUGAACUAUUACGAUGGCUGGUACAAAAUCGGUUAUAAUGAUUCUAUGUGGCCUGCUGCUCGCUAUGCAAUGUGGCCAACCAGCACGGAUUACUAUCCUCCUCUCUCUCUAGCAGCCAGGUGGAUUACUGAUUCCACUAGCUCGCAGCAAAAGAAACUUGUCAAUUAG